AUGAAGGGUUCUGAUUAUCGAGGGUAUUACCGUCAGUUAAGCUUUACGAAAUCUUCAGGAGAGUUUCUAAAGUUGAUGGCGACAAAAUAGAAGAAGAAACUAGACACUUAGCACGUAUGCUUCAAGAAUUCAAAAAUAAUGUUGCAAAGAAGCGAGAACUUAAGUGAGUGGAUGUUUUCAAAAAUGCAUUCAGUAUGUAGUAGAAAUGGUUUCUGGGAAUCCGCAAAGCUAAGCUCGAUAAAAUCACCAAAGCAACAGGUCUCAGUGCGAAACGUAACGUUCAAUACGACUAGUAAAUUAACCCAUUUAAAUAGUUCACGAAGUUACGUGUUUUGACAGCCGAGGAAAACGGUUUGGUUCGGCCAAAAGUUUGGAUAUGUUUAGGCAGGGCAACCCAGAAGUUUGAAUUCCCCAAGAAGCACAGAGUGCUUUGAAGAACAGUCUACUCCUCAGCCAGAUACCGAUGUAUGUGGUCAGUGCGAAAAGAUAUUUGCUGUUGUCGUAAGUCCUCAAUUUAAUUUCAAUAGGCGCAAAGUUGUGCCAAGAGUGUGGUGAGAGGUUCUGUGCCAAAUGCUUUGCUCAGUUCCACAUGAAGGGGGCCCUUAAGAAGCAUCACUCGGUGAUGAUAACGGUAAUAUAUAUCAUAUAACCCACAUUUGCCGAAGGCUUCGAGCAAACGCCUGGGAAGAGAGCAAAAUAGGAAAGUUUCUGUAAAAAGCGAGGAGGAUGCGCGUGAUGCCAAAAUGCUUACUUCUGAAGGGGUACAAACAGGAGAUAAGUCGAAGUUUUGCGUGAGUAAAUUUGGUAAAAAUGCCUUCAUAAACCACAGUUUUCCCAUUCCAUUUCGUUUUACCAUUUCUCACUGAAGAAUUUGAAAGACUUUCGUUAACAGUUCGUAAAUGUGAGAUUUAAAUUCUUUCCUGUACUUUUUGUCAAAACUGAUGUUCAGUUUGGCCACCAAGGCUUUUUUUGCAAUAGCUAAGCACAAUUUAUUUUGCUCCAUAAAAUGAAGUAUAAUUAUUAAUCCAUCCAGCGGCUUUGGGACUGGCUAUAUAUCCUUCUGUUUCGUUAACGGACAGUAAUGGAAGCAACACCGCCAACAUUUAAAAAUCUGGUGCGCAGUUUAGAAAGCCAAUUUCGUUUCUAACAGUUAGGAAAUUCGUUCUAAAACAAUGUUGUGUGGAUUUCACAGAAUAUCGGUUCACCUUAUUCAACUUUGAGCUCUUCCGUUUUUCUUACUUACGGUGUUUUUAAGUUUAAAAAGGUUCAUCCCUUGCGAAAUCUCUUAAUUUCUCUUAAAUUCACCCGUAAUUUUCACCGCCAAUGUAUGCUAUUUUCUUAGCCAAUAGAUUCCAUUUGCAAGAUUAAUUGUCUCCUGCGUACUGUUUAUAUCCCCUACAUCCCUAUUAGUCGUAUAAAAUGCCUGUAAUGAUAGCGAUGAUACCUUUUUUUACGGAGUAUUUGUUAAGUCUAAGUGCAUAUUUGGUUUGCCCAGACCAGUUUUGAUCAAGUUAAGUUUUACGGAAGCCGGCGAAUUCGCACUAACGUAAAGCAGAAUCACAGUUUUGAUAAACGGUUUGCACUGCUAGCAUCUGGUAGGAACAGCCAAUUAUUCUAGCUUAAAAAACAAAAGAAAUUUAGAUUAAAGAGAAUUUGAGCUUCAAGAUAGUGUAAGCAGUCAGAAGGAUUUCUUGGUUUAUAGCCAUACGGUUGAUGAAGUUUUCUCAACUGCAGUCCUGAAGUUGAUUAGAAAAUAGAUAAAUGUGAAGACCUCCGUAAUAAAAUCUUCGACGCCGUAGAGGUAGGAGGUGCACGCCAGUGACGUUGGCGUCUCAAGUUAGGAGACUUCCGGCCAAGACACAGUGCACCUACCAUAAAUUAUUUUAAAAAUACAAGUCGACAAGCUCCUUGUGGGAUAAGCAGCAGAAAACCUAAUUGCGCAAGGGUUUUAAUCAGCGCAACUGACCGUAAGUUCAUAAAACGAUUCCACCGAUUUUAUGACAUAUGGCAACGACAUGGUUUAUAUUUCGCCAGGCGCCACUAGCUUAUAAAGUUAUUCAGCUACUAUCCGAAGACAGUAUCAACCCCUCUUAAUGGUCAGUGUUCAACUGAAGAACACCCAUGGCCGAAAAAGGUCGUAAGAAGCUGUAAACAGUCCGACGCAGCCGAAGUCGGUCAAAAACGGCCAUAAAUCUCAGAUGACCGCACAACGCGCCGCUCUGGACCAAACGCUAGUCAAUGUUGACAUUUCCUGAAAAACUGUUAACGAGGGAUCGCGCCAAAAAACUCGACAAUUAUAACGGAUAGAACCAGUUUCGGGACAAAUAGUUUCAAACAUUACCUAGUCAAACAUCUCUGGCCGAGGGUUCAGUUAACAGAAGUCAGUAAGUGUUUGGAACUUUUACAUAAGCGCUACUAUGGGAAAGGUGCCUUUACAGAGCAACACACGCAACCAAGUCGAAAACUUUUGACAUCUGGAAGGAUGGUAUUGUUUAGACAUUCAAUGGGGACUUAACUAGUGUCAAUCUGCUCAGGCUCUGGUCUGGACCUAGCGUAUAGGUGACACUGACGUCAUAUCUUUCCCUAGCAGCCUCACUUAUGACUAUGCCGUCACCACCACCACCACCACCAAAAUCAACAGCAGCGGCAGUUAACAGUCCAGUACAACUUCUGCGUGAAUUCAUCUGCUUUUGGUGUAGACACUCGUAUUCGAGAAGAGCGCUCUUAGACCGCGAUCGUAUUUGCCCAGAUAGUUGCUGAGGGCUGUUGCACAUGUUAAUUAGAUAUCACGUUCAAGCAUUUUUUCAAUUAAAACAAAAUGAACUAAAUAUGUCCGUUUAAAUUCAGUGGCACCCCGUUUCUUUGCAGUUUAACUACGCAGUGUUCUUACUGACUGGGCUUUCCUUACAGCUCUGUAUACUGGAUUCAUUUUACUCAUCCUUGAGGCCUUGCUGUCAAAAGGAAUUGCUUACUGCCUAGAAGGCGUUUCCCUUGCCAUACUAGCAAAGAUUGAGGGUACGUCUUCGGAGUGAAGUCGAAGUUGUGCUUUAAUUGUUAAAAAUAGGCGUUAAUCUAGUGAAUUUUUGGGCAAAAAUGCUGUUUUAAGCUCCGGUGGUUAGUGUUGGGGUCCACGGGCUCUCUGGGGUUGAUUUUGCUACAGACAUGGCUUAUCAUCACAAGAGUUUCAGUGGAUUUGGGCAUACUACGUAAAAACACAGGUCAGAGUCAACGUGAGCAGCGUUGGAAGCACAUCUCGAGCAUUCGUUCGGUGCGCAUUUUUUGCCAAAUCUGCUCAGCUAUGCAAUAGUCUGAGCUUCUAGACGACCAGUGGCAUACAACCCACCGUCAUAGUAAUCCGUUAUUCCACGUGUUGGUGAUCUUCAUCAGGCUGUUGGAGUUAAACCACUGGCUAAUUCCUUUGCAGAUGUGCAGUUUAUUCUGUUGGAGAUAGCUGCAACGUUUUACCGAAGUUGACACAAAAGCAGAUUUUUCGACGAUUGAUAUGAUGGUUUCAGGCUUCGAGGUCAGAGAUUACUGUCUGGUCAACGCAGAUGGCGAAGGCGAUGAAUUAGUAGGCAACUUCUGACGGCUUGAUUCAAACGACCUGGUUAACUGGCGAGACAAGAAUGAAAUGGGUUAUGAAGUCAACGUGGCAUAAAUGGCCCUUUUUCAAUUUCGCGCCUGACAUGGGAUCACUGUGAGGCUAGUUUGAUGACCAAAUCGCGCAUCUUCAUGACCUUUUUCAGUGAAAGACAAGCCAUACGUUCACAAUACAUUUAUUACCUGGAUGCGUUCGAUAGAUGACGCAUGCACAUCAUUUCCCGGAUUUUUACUUUAUCUCCUCUCCACAAGACGAGCUUGAGGUCUGUGAAUUGCACAACUACUCAGAUGCUUCUUAUUUACUCGCUAAUUUGGACUGUCCAUGUGACGAAAUCAUCUGUGACGCAUCUUUUUCGACGCCGACCCUAGUCAUUGAGCGCCUCGAGGUAUCCGACUGAUGAUAGGAGAUAAACAUGGCAAAAACAAACUUAACGCCAUUCUGCCCUUUCGACCUGUAGAGCAAGUACAGUGAAUUUACAAUCUCAUGAAAUGUAACCCGAAAUUCUGAAAUGUGUCUUUGGUUAGAAAAGGUCACUUAGGUAGGGUCAUGAGACUACCUGCCGCGAAACAUAAUCGCAAGAUAUUUCAGUUAUGUCAGGUUGUCGGAUUUUGAAGGAGUUUCUUUUCGGCCACCAGCAAAAACGUCCCUCUGUAGGAAAUGACUACUAAUGUAGCAUGAAGUUUGCUAACAGAUUUUCGAUACCUUUUAUUCAUUCAAUCAUACUGCGUAAAAUACAUGUGCAAAAGUAUUUAUCAUGCACUUAUCUGGUAGCAAAUUAUAUCUUCUUCAAAUAUUAUACCCGAUAAAGGGUGUUUUUUGCUUCUAGAGAUUUUUAAUUAUGCGAUUUUUUGAAACUCUGAAAUGUCAGCGCACCAAGUAUCGUAUCCGUUUAUUUAUUAAUGUUGUUUGUAAAGUAUGCAACAUAGCACAAGCCUACUGCAGAAUUUGACGAUCUUGCAUGAAAUCUUCUCAACAGUAUAUAGGAAUAUGUAAUUUUCCUUACAGGAAAGACAUACAGUGGGUAGUUUGGAAACCCUGAAUAAAAUUGCAACGACGGGUUAGGUUUAGAAUUAUUCGACGACUAAGAACGGUCACAAAAACUGGAAGGCAUUUUUUUCCAGGUAAAAAAUACAACGGCGCGAAAUUUGCUAGCAGAUAAGCACAGGAAAGGACAGAUUUGUGCGUGUUUUUGAUAAGUUAUACCCGAACACAUACGGACAUAGAAAAUCAAUGUGAAAAAGUCAUACUAUUUAAGUAGCCACUUUUCUGCGGACUAUAGUUUUUGAAAGUGGCCAAGAAGACGCUCGUUCAGGAUUCGGCGCCCUGACGUGACUGACAUUCCCUGUGAUUAUGCUGACCGACAGGUCUUACGACCCUACAUAAGGAAUCUUUUCUAUGGAAGAAGCAUUUAAAAACGUCGUCAACAUUUCAUUAGAUAGUGCAUCUGCUGUACAUUUAGGCCCAAAUUGUUGAAUUCAAAACCGUUAUGGAAAUGGGAACUGACCUGUCUUACUAUGAAAUGGUCAAAAACGCGCCGGAAGUGACUCCUGCAGACACUAAUUUGACGAAGGUUGUCAGUCUUCUAAAGGAUUGUGCUUUACACUCGACAAUUUGAAACGUAGAACAUUGCGUCUGAUGGAUGAAUGCAGUCUGUGGGUGUAAUGGAAGGUCCAUAUAAGGAAAUAGAACACUCUGUCGUGGUAGAUGCUGAUAAGAGCGCAGAUUUUAUAUGAUAAUCGUCGGAUAUUGACAGCCAAUACAGCCAUGAACCACUUGCUCUAGAGAACGACACGGAUCGCACAGUGCCUUGCUCAGCAUGGAAGAAACUUCACGUAUUGUGGGUGUGAAUGACUAAGAGGAAACAUCAUUGGUAGGGGGCGCUAACCGAUCGAAAACGACAGGGCAACGAGCUUGUGACCCAGUGGUUAGAGGCGUGGACUUCCAACUAACAGGUCGCGAGUUCGAGCCUCGGGUGUUCCACACUUCGGGGUUGGGUAUGACUGGCUGACGACGGCUAAUAAGCCGGAAAUGGCCAUUCCAGUCUCUCUUGUCUUUGUGGGUAAUAACAUACUGCCUAUGAAUCAUCAAUGGCCGUGGUGUUCAAUGCCUACAUGCUUGCGCGGGAACUAGGCGAAGAUGGUUUUUGUCCAAGUACUGCGUGUGUAUGUUUGGAUGAUACUUGGAUGUCUGUGAUUGUUUGGACGCAAGCGUUUCCUAGUUGAAUUCAGUUUUGUGAAAUCCUGGUCAGUGUACAUUGUGGAUCGGGAGAUGUGGUGGUACGCCUUGGUACGGCUUUUUGUCCAAUCAGUCAACUGCGUCCUCUCCAGCUUCCUGUUUCCUUGCUUCUGUCAAGACACCGGACCCAGGUGUGGUAGAUUCUGAGAAAUUCUGUUGCUCACACGCAACUUACCAUCCCUGCUCUCGCCCUGCUGUAGAGCAGGUGGUGGACGUUGUUGUGAACGACGGUCGAACUGUCAAUUAGUAGCAGAUUGAUACGAAGGGUUUGGUUCCGAUUAGACAGCAAAGUGAAAGCUGGACACACCCGCUCCAACGUAUUUCGAAUGGAAUCCAAUGAAAGAUCUCUGCCCCAAAAGGACGCACUUUUCUUUUAGAUAUCCAAUGAAAUUCAAACAAAGACUGGCCCAAUUGACAACGAUAUUCAGAAGGCCCAAGAACGACCUCAACCUAAAGAGACAUGUGUCGGGACAGAUCCCGUUCCACAGCCUCCAAAAAUGACUCCAUCUUUCAAUUUAUCUGCCAGCUCCUUAAGCUAUGCAGAACGCUUGCUCAUACAGAAGAACAGAUUACAUGAACUUCCCAAAUUUAGCCCAGUAAAUUCCGCUUUACCCAUCCCGACAGCUAGUACUGCUGAGGAAGAAGAAGACCGAGAAAUUGGUAAAUAUAUUUUUUAUGUUUUUAUUUUUUGUAUUUCUUUUUCUUUAUAUUUUUGUAGUUCUUUUUAUAUUUCUUUUUGUGUUUAUUCGUAUGUGUUUUGUCGAUUUUGUGUGAAUUUUUUUAAACUAAUAGACGCCUGAAAACGUUCGUGGCGAAGAAUGUAUUUUAAGUUCGCGCAUUAUUUUUUGCGGAAAUUAAAAGGCUUGAUUCCAAUUAAAAAUUUUGAGGAGAGUAUGUCUGAAAACGUGGUGAAAAAAUUAUGUCAGCACGAAAAAUGAAGUCGGCAUUUUGGCAAAAGCAAGCUACUUGUACCUGUAAAAGGAUUGUUUGAGUAGGCUGAAAUGUGUCUUUUUUACUGUCGAAUUUUUUCCAUGCGAAAGGCGGUCAAUGAAAGAGCUCCUAAAGCAAAAUAUAUAAAAUGCCCACAGGUGUAUGCCGAAAGCGACGUCGUAUGAAUUCUAGAGAGUGAACUGGCGGGACCGUCUUCUCAAUUAAUCCAGCCGGUGAAUAACUGCAAAAACAGGGAGUCCCUUCGAGUUGAACCAUAUCUAUAAUGUGUGUAGUUUGAUCUCUUGUAAGGGUUUGCAUGUACGUUCGUAGCAGAGGUAUAAUAAAUAUUUGACUCUAUAAAUCGUACAGAUAUUACUGGGUGUUUGGGUUUACUGUUGACCAUUUCCUUUUAGACGCAUCCCCAGAUUGGUCAGAAAAGGAUGAAAUCCCCAGCGCUGAGUCGCUCUACCAGCUCUCUCAAAUCUCUCUAGCCGACUACAAGAGUGGCGUGUUAGAGGUCGGUCAUUCGGACCCGCAGUCUUCGAUCAAGGUCCAUGCUGACUCCGUGGCGGACAAACUGAGAGCGGAUUUUGGUGAUGCGACUGAAACCCAGUCAUGCGUGGAACCAAACGCUGAGGACACUACCCAGUACUUAACUACUCGGUGUAUAUCCACUCAGGCGAAUCGAAUGAUAAGCUUAGCGCUGUAUUAUAGAGAAGUGUCACCGAAAUGUUUCUAUGUGGUAUUUUUCUCUUUACCUCUGCGCAUGGUGGUCGGUGUAAAGGCCAAACAAACCCUAGAAGAGACAAACGUUGUUGGAUAGACUCAUUUGAGGAGCAUUAAAUAUGUCAAAGCGGAGACGACAGCUCUUUUAAUUCUAAUUGUCUUCGAAAAGUUCUAUUUUGUCCCGGAAAAAAACGUAUCGAAGUGAAUGUACACUAUGCAGGUGUAAGUAUGAACAUGAAAGAAAACGAUUAAUCCAGCGACGUAAUCGUUUGUUUAUUUGUCUGACCUUCUGAACUCGUGCGGUAGCGAGCAUCCCAGACUCCAAUGGCUUCACCAUUUUAAACAAGCAUGCUGUUCCGGUUAUUGCACUUUGUUCAGAUUACAACAAGCAAUGGAAACGAAAAUUCUCCGUUCUCAAACUCUCCGUUUAUUGCUGACCGUAACGAUAAUCUUUUUAAAAGUUUUUAAAGAAUCCGAUCAGGACCAUAGGCGAUGCUCUCUGGUAAGGAAAUAAAGUUAUCCGGACCGACCAAACUAGCGCUAAGAUAAAUGGUCAUUUAUUAAAGCGCUCCCUAAGACCCACUGAAUUUUCUUUCUGUCGCUAUUGACAGGGUCGUAUAAAGUGACAUACCACUGUAAGCCACCUCUUUAUAUCAUAUUGCGAGCGUUUGGAUACGCUUUGUCUAGUCUCAGACACGCUGAUCUGUGCAUCAAUGAAACGAAAUUUCCCGAAGAUAUUUGAGCUCACGGAGAAAUUCCUCGACUAGGGACUAUAGGGAAGAAGGUCAAACGGCCGUAAAUUAAUGAUCACGUCAAGACAGCAGGAUGAACAUUAGGAAAGGGCGUAGCUAAGCCUAUAAAAUGCAGAUUUUAUGCGGUUUUCAUGUUUUUAAAAGGUGUUUUCAAGAAACGCAACCGCAACCCAUUUCGCCUUCGAAGACCCACUCGUAGGCUCCCUUUUCCGUUGUUAUCACCUUUCGUUUAAAAUUACCUCCUUUUGUUUCAGGCACGCAACUGGCGGGCUGAACUCAAAGUCUCAUUCCCUGAAGUUUGACCAGAAAGGUAAGCUAAUAAAUAUAAUCAUAUACUUGAGGAAGGAUGAGGUAGACGGACAGAGCACCGGAACACUUUUUUCAUUUUUUAAGCCUUCAAAUUUGCGCAUGGGAUACUGGCAACCUUUAUCACCGACAACUGACUUGUAUUCGAGUGUUGGCCUCUAGAAUUAUAUUUAUUAUAGUGGAAGGCCUUUCUGCAUGUAUGAAUGUUGAAAGUGCCUCCAUCAGUCGGGUUACAUGGCGCAGUCCUCCUGUGGUGCUUUGAUGAUCAAUCUAGAGCUCCCAAACGCAGACACAAAGCGACUGGUAUUAUGGCUGUCAUCAACCAGCCACACCAAACAAACUGCUUGGGUCUCCGCGGAAUCGGCAGCCGCAACAUCAAUGGUUUUAACAUCGGGCCCAAAUACGUUGCCAAUAGAAGCGAAGAGACAAGUCCCAGGAAGCAGUCUUGAAGAAGGAGACACGAUCAAUGGGACAAGAGCUUUAUAAGCCUGACGUUUCGGAUUCCUGCUCGAACCCUCCAUCAGAGACAAAAGCAGAUACGGGUGGCUCAUGCACAAGAGGCCGACAUUCGCGUCGUUAAUUACGGCAAUUUCAUCACGUGCACUAGAUGUUGGUGUGACGAAUGCUCGACCAUCUGAUUCACCGACCCUGGUGUUGGGAAGAGUGUUCACCUGUGCGCUCCCCGCGUGGCUAAUUACUCCGCCUAGGCGAAGUCUCAGUACCGAGUAUGAAGGUGAAGGUCAUUGCACUUGUAAAUGGACUGGGGGCCAGUUAACCAUGAUGGCUAUUUCUGACAUUUUGGCCGUCGCCAGCCAGUUUUACCCAAACUCAUCUCACCUGAGCCUUGAGCCCGCGUUCUUCUUGGUCAUGUUUAACGCACUAACAAUUGAGCCAAAACCCUGUUAUUCUGUCAGUUGCUAUCUGGAAUAGCAGCUCCGUUGGAAGUGCGUUUACCGAUCGUGCUGCAGCACAUGCUCAUCGUGUUGUGCUUGGAGGCUCAAUCCGGAGCCCACAAACACAGAAGCCAAACGACCAGUUAUUACUAAAAAGACGAGGGAGACUGCAAUGCUAAUUCAUGGCUUAUUAGCCGCACCCCAACCAACGUUUGCAGGGCCUGGGCCUCGAUCUCGCGUGCUUCAGUUAUUGAGCGUUAUAAAAUCUAACGCACAAUCAUUUGGGCCACGGACUCGCUGUCCUGUCAGUUAUGAUCGGGAAUGUUCGCUAUGUUGGAAGUGCUUUCACCGAUCGGGCGACAGGACAUGCUUUUGCCUAUACGUGUUUUGGGGCCUGAGUGUUCCCCAAAGGGGUCACUGGGUAAGUGAUCUGGACUAGCACGGGGGCUACAUUGGAUUCUGGCAGGCGUUAUCGGAAUGUGCACCAUAAUAGAUUCCGACAUUUGGAGUGCGGUGGCAGACCCAGUUACCGACUGACGUCACGAGCAUUGGGAUACCUACUGCCCCCCAACCGUUAUUGCUGACUUAAAAUCUCCAUCAAGUGUUAUUGUGGGCCAGAAGGUGUGGGUCCGGCCGCGCCAUCGACCUGCCCCCCCGAUUCUGGCAUUCUUGGAUAUAUCUUGCCACCGGGUCCAGGUGGGGGAGGACGAGAGUGUGCAGUAGCUGCUGCGCAUGUCCACACUCACUAUAAACUAAUUCACGUGCAAGUCACCGUGCCUGCUUCCUCCUGAUGUGUGAUGCACGGUGGACACCUUUCGGCACGACGGUCAAACUGUCGUGUUUGGGGCCCUAUAGGCGGCUGUACAGAGACUAGUAGAAGACUGUCGACAAAGACAGAGGAGGUUGGAAUGGCUCCUUCUGGUUUUUUAUCCAUCGUCAGCGGUCUGCUGUUGGUUGCCCUCCCGCAAUUUCUCUCACCAGAGAACAUGGGCACACGAAACUGGUGUGCGUCUAUUCUAGUGACUCAACUGUACAGCCUUUGACUCAUUGGCGGGGGCUGGCGGGGCUCUUGAUCGAGCCCCAAGGCACAACUGGACCAGUGCGGCGUAACGCGAUCUGCAAGCGGCUCCCUAACAUUAUUAAUAUGCCCGAUCGCAACCAGCUUGACAACUAACUCGUGGCUCAAUGGUUAGGGAGUCGGACUUGUUAAACUAACAGGACGCGAAAUCGAGUCUCAGGGGUUUCAAAACCUGGGGAUGGGUAUGGCUGCCUGAUGACUAUUAACAAGCCGGAAAUGGUCAUUCAUGUUUCUCUAGUUUUUGUCGACAUUUUCGUUCUGCCCGUAUAUAUCAGGAAGUAAUUUCGAAAGUUAUUGGGGACAGGACUUUGAACUGAAAAUGAUAAACCGCAGGUCUAAGGACACCAGUUGUUUGGAGCCAUUUUCUGGUUAUUUAGUGGUUUUAAAUCCAACGCCUUAACUAUUGGAUCACAAGCUCGUUUUCUUGUCGAUUCUGAUCGGGAAUAUUAACAAUGAUUGAAGUGCAUUUACCCAAUGUUUCACGGCAUCUGCUCGUCCCGUUUUGUUUUGGGUCUCGACCAAGAACCCUGAAGGCAUAUACAGAAGGAGAUUGUUGACAAAAAAAGGAAGCGAGAAAGGCCAUUUCUGGCUUACUAGUCGUGACUAAAAAGCGAUCAUAAAUGGAUCUCUAAACGAGCGAUUCAACAGCGGCAUAGAUAGCCCGGAAAACACGGAGCACCUCUAGAGGCAUACUUCUCGAUUAAGCUGUAACUUCUUUGAAGUGGAAGUUUGGCUGACUCUUAUUGAUAUAAGCUCUGUAUAAUUAAAAUGCCGUCGGGAUAUUUCCUCACCUCUUUGUGAACGUUAUGAUUUUUGCAAUUGUGAACCAUUUGAUGAACUAAUUGGAACGUUUUGCAAAUUUUCGACUUGUUAGAAGGUUCCAACGGAGAAGCCUGGCCGGAAUGCAAAUAUCAAUUUGACGCAGAACGCACUUUACAGGUUAUUCGGUCACAUCUAGAGAAUCUUUGCGCCCAAAGUGAAGAGGACGACGAAGGGGUGGAGGUGACGGAUAUGGUUUGA